GGGAGGGCAACAUGUCAGGAAGCUACAAGCCUCCUUGUUGUGCCUACUGAGUGGGCUCCGUCUGAGGAGUCUUGCAGAAGGAGGUCCCUAGUUAAGGCUUAACUAAAAAGGUCGUGGUCUGCCUCACAAGCUACUGUGUUGUAAACACUUAUCUGGGAGUUGGAGCUCCUUAGGAGGAGAAGCGUGCCAGGGACAGAGGGGGAGAGGGAGAAGAGCAGAGCACUAGAAGCGGCAGCAUGGACUCAGCCCUGUGUGCACUAGAGCUUCUUGGCGUGUUCCUCUCGCUGAGCGCCUGGCUCUUCUCGCUGGCCACCACCCUGAUGUCCCAGUGGUUGACGCUGUCUACGGACCUCCUGCCCGCCGAGAGCUACGAGCUGGGCCUGUGGGGCACGUGCGUGGUGCAGGAGCUGGGUGUACUGGAGUGCAAGUCAUACGACAGCCUCCUCGGCCUCCCCGCCGACAUCCGCCUGGCCAGGAUCCUGAUGUGCGUGGCGCUGGGGACUGGCUUGAUGGCCGUGAUGUUCACCAUCCCUGGGAUCUAUGUGGUCAAGAGCUGCAGAAGCAUAGACACCCUCAAAAGCAAGAGGAACCUGAAGAUGCUCGGGGGAACGCUCUGCUUCGUAGCAGGCAUCCUGGGCCUCAUGCCUGUGUCCCAUAUCGCCCACCUCACUGUCCAGAGGUUCUUCGACAAGACCGUCCCUUACGUGGUUCCCCGUUGGGAGUUUGGAGAUGCCCUUUUUUGGGGCUGGACGGCAGCUUUCAUGCACCUUGUCGCUGGGAUCCUGCUGGUUUCCUCCUGCUUCUGUUUUCAGGUGGAUCCCUUUCCAAUGCCAGUGGCCAUACCACUGCAGGGAGGACAGAGCAGCCCUGCACUCUCUCCAACACGGAGGACGGAAUAUGUGUGAGAGCACAUCAUUUUCUUGAAAAGCAGAGAUUUACCUACGAGUAUUCUGCUUCCACUUCUCAUACUGCAUUGUGCUGCAUGGACAGUACUUUGGUUAGACGAACUUACUGAACUGUAAUAUUUUGAACAUGAUAGCAUAAAUGGAUAAGAUCCAAAAUAAAAGCAUAUCAUGCUGCUCCUUCACUACACACUUUUCAAUCGAAGAGGUAAUAAAACUUACAUGUCAAAGAUUCCAAAAAUUCCAAAAUGCACACAGCAUACAUUUAUAAAUCAGCUGUGAGGAAAUAAGACUGAUUUGUACCCAGAUCAUCUGGGCGAAAGUGAAUAUGAAUGUCAUCAGAAUUAUUUCAUAUUUAAUAAUCCAGUCAUUCAUCUAAACGUUGGGAAAUGGAGCAUAACUUAAAACAGUAAGACAACGUGACUGUUAGUGAUGUUAUUUGUGCUGCCACAGAAACCAUCUCUUUUGUUUGUUAUUAUGGUUUUGGAAACAGGGCGCUAGUAGAAAGGCAGAAGUGAUUCUACCCAUGUCUGCAAAUAAGCUGUCAUCAGUUUAUUUUGGAAUGUGGGUAAUUCAGUCUGAAUUACAGAUCAUUAUUAAAAAUGGAAAGGUUUUUUGUCCAGUAGUACUGAGAGUAGUGAGAAAUAAAAACAAAAAGACAAUUAUAUAUAUAUAUUUAUAUAUAUAUAUAUAUAUAUAGAG